AAAUUCAGCAACCGCAACAAAACAAAUACAAAAAAACCAAGAUUAAACAAAGUGCGUAGGCUGCUGUGAGCACAUAACAAACAAUAAGAGCGAUUGCAUAUGGCGCUUGUGUACACAACAAAACCGGUGAAUGCGACGCGAAAGCCCCAAAAAAAGGGAACAAUGGCAGAAGGCAAAGCAGUAGUAGGACGAGCGCAAGUCAAAUAAAACGCCGGGCAUGUUAAAAACGCUGGCCGAGCAGCAGCUGACGGAGCAAACACAACAACAACAACAUCAGCAGCAGGAGGAGGCGGAGGCUGCCGCAAGAGGCGGUGAAGGUGGAGAAGGAGCCAAAGUUAAAGCAGAGCGCAGCUGCUUCAACCAGCAAUAAUAAUAAUAAUAAUGUUGCUGGCGGCAGCGGGGCAAGCAGCGCCCUACACCUACGAAUCCAGUGCGGCACGCAAAAUUAAUAACAAUAACAACAACAGCAGCAACAGCAGCAGUAGCAAGAACAAUGUCAGCUCAGGCAACAGCACGAGCACACCCACCACUGGAGCAGCUGCAGCAGCAGCUACCACGUGCAACACGAGCAACAGCAGCAACAGCAUAGCCAGUAAUGCAGCCACAGCUUUCAUGAAAACGCUCUCUGUGCGCUUGCAUCGCGGCACCGAAUUCAUCAAGGAUACGGUCCAAAAGGCACUGGUCAUGUCCGCAACAACGCCAGUGAUUGCAGCGCCGCCGCAAGCACCGCCGAAGCAACCGGACACCAGUCACAAACUGAAGCGUAAAGUUUAUGGCACCGGUGGCAUUAUGGGCACGUCGGCAGAAACAAGCCUCGCCAGUCGCCAGUUUGUGCGCAGCCAGCCAUAUAUCAAGCCGACGCCAGCAUUUCUCCGUCAUUUCGCUGUGGCGCCGAGCGCCUUGCAUCGUUCGGCGUCGGCCCGCAAACGAAAUCCCAGCACUGAUAGCUUACUCAUGGACAUGUGCCUGUUCAAGCCCAUUCGUCCCAUGCCCAUAACGCCAAUCAAAAUCAACAAAGCACGCGGCUUCGAACUGAAGCGGCCCAAAUUUAUGCCGCCUGCUUCCAAUUUAUAUAGUGAAGAUGAAGAUGAGGAUGACGACGAUGAGGAAGAGGACGAGGGCGACGAGGAGCACGGCCAGGAGGUGGUUGGCAAGGAGCGGGAAGCACCCAAGGAGCCGGUUGCACUCAAGCCAAAGCUCAGCACACUGACAUUGCCACAAAAUGUAACUGCAUCGGCAUUUGUGCUACACGAAGCCGGCAGCAGCAGCAGCAACACUCAAACCAAGGACAACAGCAACACACACACCUCAGGCUCAGGCUCCACCGCAGUCGCAGAAAUUGUAGCAGAGGCAGACGCAGUUGCAGUUGCAGCAACUGACUCCACGGGUAGAGACAGCGCCAAGCCAAAAAAAGUGGCCACCAAGCGACGACGUCGGGCGCCCCUCUUAACGGCCAGGCGACGUCGCAAAACAUCAUCAGCAGCAACAGCAAAAGCUAAGGAAAGUGCAACCAAAACAGCUGCCACAACAGCUGCUGCACCGAAGCGCAAGCGACUCCCUGCAGCAGCAGCGACUGUCAGCACAACCAUAUCGCCAGUGCUUCACUCGCCGCCCAUGACACGUCAGCGUGCGCGUCUACAGAUCUCCACCAGCAAAUAAGCGCAACAGCUUGUUACACACACACACAAAUACACACCCACACACACAACACUCCCAUCCCUCUCAGCUAGGUAUUUUUUUAUUAAUGCAGUUAAGUCAUUGGAACACGGCUCAAGGCCGGCCUCCCUAUUUGUAAUACGAUGCCCAAAAACUGCUUAAACAACGCAGAGACGCAAACAACAACAACAAAACACAGACACAAACCAACAACAACUACAAAUCCUAAGUCUUUUGGUUCUAGUUACUGAUUAAGUCGUAAGCGCGAUUCCAUUGUUGUUUUUCCAUUUGAUCGCAAGUGAAAUCCAAGCAAAUUCAAAUAUUUACUUUAGCGUAGAUCGAGCGAAGCGUUUUGAUUUGUUUUUUGUACGUUUCAUUGUCCAAUUUGUGUUCCAUGUUUUAAGUUGCUGACAAGUAUUUCUCUCCAAACUGCUGAUGAUUUGUGUACCUUUAGUUUCUUAUUUGUAAAUGUGUUUCAUUUUCUGUUUCACUUGCUUCCUGUAAAAAUGUUUGGUAAACUCUACGCUAUAUAAUAAUAUAAACUGGUCUUCAAGACUGAUGCAUAACUAAACGAAUAUUAAAAACAAAAAAGGAAAAAAUAAGAGAACUCAUUAAACGGCAACUGAUAUGCAACUUA